ACACUUGAGCCUGUCUCUCCAGCGAGGCGUCAUGGUGGAGCGCAGCAUGAACCCCCUCCUCAAAUGGGCCCUGGUCCUCUUCGUGCUCGUCUCUGUUGUCCUCAACAUCGUCCUGGUGGCCGUCCACUCCAGCAGGAGGCCCAAAUGUUCCGCCCGGCGAGCCUCCCCGCCGCCGAACAAGCACGACCCGCGCAGCCGCGUGUUCGCCGACCUGAGCCGGGACGAGUACCUGCAGGUCCAGCGGUACCUCGUCGGGCAGAAAGACCUGGACAUCUCCACCAGGCAGACCACUAGACCAGACCAGAACUUCCUGUUCCUCAUUGACCUAGCACUUCCCAAAAAGGCAGAGGCGCUGGCUUUCUUGGAUCAGAAUGAGGCAGAACCGGAGCGCCAGGCCACGGCCGUGGUCUUCUUUGGAAGCACGGGAUUCAUCAAGGAGUACCUGGUCUGGCCAUUACCGAACCCGUCUAAACACAAAGACGUGACCCAGGAGCGGUACCACAUGGACCUGCGCACCAGCAAGCGGACGGUCACCGUCGGGGAGUACGCGCUCAUGUUCCACUUCUUCGAUACGGAGGUGUUUUCCAAGCUGGGGAAGCUCCUGCGCGAGAGCUUCGGCGUGGUUCCACCCGGAACCCUGAACGCCUUCGAGCAGAUGCCGCGCGGGGUCCGCUCCGGGGACCGGAAGACCUGGGUGUCCUUCUUCAGGGACAUGAGCGGCAUGUACAUCCACCCGGUGGGGUUGGAGGUGCUGCUGAACCACGAGAACGCCAACGCGUCCGGCUGGCGCGUGGAGCAGCUGCUCUACAACGGCCAGAACUUCAGCUCCGUGGAGCAACUGCGGCAGGACUACGAGGCCGGCAAGGUGGAUAAGAUCGUGUACAGCAAGCCCCGGGACUACGGCUCCCUGAAGCCCCGGACCCGGCCCCUCCAGGUGGGCCCGCAGCAGUUCUACAUGGAAGGACGGCGCUUCAGCGUGCAGGACAACCACGUGGCCUACCUGGACUGGAGCUUCGCCUUCGGCCUCAGCGCGCUCACCGGCAUGCGCGUGUUCGACGUGCGCUUCAGGGGGGAGCGGAUCGUGUACGAGCUGAGCGUGCAAGAGGCCAUGUCUGUGUACGGCUCCGUCACGCCGGGGAUGAUCCUCACCAAGUUCCUGGACUCCAGCAUCGGCAUCGGCCGCUUCGCGCAUGAGCUGCUCCGCGGCGUGGACUGCCCGUACCAGGCCACGUACGUGGACACGUAUCGCUACAUCGACGUGCCGGCUCCGGUCCGCUUCCGGAACUCCAUCUGCGUCUUUGAGCACAACAUGGGCCAGCCGCUGAGGAGGCACUUCUCCGACUUCUUCCACCACAGUUACGGGGGCAUGGCCAACAGCGCCCUGGUGAUCCGCUCCAUCACCGCCAUCGGGAACUACGACUACAUGUGGGACUUCAUCUUCUACCAGAACGGUGCCGUGGAGGCCAAGGUUCACGCCACCGGCUACAUCUCCUCCUCCUACCUGGUCCGUGGAGCGCGGAAUCACGGCCACCAGGUGGCGCCAAACGUCCUGGGGAACAUCCACACGCACUUCAUCAACUUCAAGGUGGACCUGGACGUGGCGGGAGUGAAGAAUGUGUUCCAGACCAAGGACAUGAAGUUUGUCAACACGUCAGUGCCGUGGAUACCAGGUCAUUACGCCAUGGUUCCUGAGCUGGUGGAGAAGCAGCUCCAAACAGAACAGGAAGCUGCCCUGCGUUACGACACCAAGACACCGCGUUAUCUUCACAUCGCCAGUCAAGCCAACAACACCUAUGGCCACCAGCGCUCCUACAGACUUCAGGUGUACAGCUUUGCAGGAGACCACCUCCCAGAGAGCCAGCCUGAGGAGAGGGCCAUGUCCUGGGCCCGGUAUAAGGUGGCCAUCACCAAGCACAAGGACUCCGAGCAGACCAGCAGCAGUCUGUACAGUCAGAAUGACAUAUGGAGUCCAGUGGUGGACUUCAGCAAGUACAUCGAGGACAACGAGAGCAUUGAAAAUGAAGACCUGGUUGCCUGGGUAACCGCUGGUUUCCUUCACAUCCCCCAUGCUGAGGACAUCCCUAACACGGUGACGGUGGGGAACGGGGGCGGGGUGCUGCUGCGACCUCAUAACUACUUUGACGAGGACCCGUCCAUCCACUCACCAGACUCCGUGUACGUGCGUCCCGGGGCCGAGGACAGCUGUGAGACCAACAGGAUGGCCUGCUUGGCUGAUGAGACCUGCAGUCCGGUUCUGGAGCCCUUCACCUACGACGGCUUCCAUGGAGUCAUGAAGUUUGAGGACUGAUCACGGCUGAGGACUGGUAUCAAGACCGUCACCGUCUCCAAGGGGUUCUUGUGUUUGGAGAGGCUGGUUGGUCUGGAACUUCUCCCACUCAUUAUGAAUUUGUAAAUGGUAAUAAGCUUCACCUGAGCCUUCCCUAUGAACAAUGUUUACACUGCAAAAACUCAAAAUCUUAACAAGGAUAUUUGUCU